AUGGCUUCGAAAUACGUCGAUAUCGAUGAAGAACACAUACACACGCAACGUUUUUCGGAUAUUGCCGGAGAACCUUGCCGAAUGUUGAUGCCCAUUCAAGGCUACGAAAAAAAGCCUCUGGUUACGCUUGAAGAGGCUGUUGAACCUGUAGUAUCGUAUGUACCUGAUGUAAAACGAAUGGCUUACAUUGCAAAAAUGAAAUGUGCAGAACUUUCACCAGGAAAACUACCGAUAAAUCAAGCAGCCUCGAUUACACUCUAUUCAAUGGAAUGGGAACCACAAGAAGAGUGUCUGUAUUAUGUCUUUAACCAGACACUACGUAAUGAAAAUCGGCAAAAGGUGAAGCCGUGGUUUCUUUUUCUAAGAUUGAUUUUGACGGCAUUGGCUCAGCUCCCAUCGACGGUGUCUUAUGUUUACCGUGGAAUUAAACGGGAUAUGAGAAAGGAAUAUCCGGAGGGAAAAACAUUCGUUUGGUGGGGAUUCAGUUCUUGUACAUCCAAGUUAAGUGUACUCCAGAAUGAACAAUUUUUGGGUAUGACAGGUCCAAGAACUCUCUUUACAAUCGAAUGCGAUAGUGGCAAAGAUAUCGGAAAAUAUUCUUGUUUUCAAGCGGAAGAUGAAAUUCUUCUUCCAGCCGCAAGACAAUUUAAAGUCAUGGGAUGUCUCAGUCAAGGUAAAGAUCUUUAUCUUAUACAACUCAAAGAAAUUCAACCGCCAUUUCCCCUGAUUGAACUUGUACCAAUAACACCUCCCAAGAAAAUUUCACCAGCACCAAUUGUACCAUCACCACCGAAACCCAUUGCCACGAAAAUCACAACAGCAGUACCACUACGUGCAAGUUCCACUGAUAUUCAUCCGAAUGCAAAAUGGGCACAGAAUGGUAUCACUGUUGCUGGAGGAAAUGGAGAUGGCAGUGGAACUAAUCAACUCAACUCUCCAUGGGGUUUGUACGUCUAUGAUGAUCAAACGAUUUAUGUCGCUGAUUGUUGGAAUCAUCGUAUUGUGGAAUGGAAAUCUGGUGCAACGAAUGGAAAAGUAGUUGCGGGUGGAAAUGGAGAAGGAAAUGGAGCUCAUCAAUUAAACUACCCACGAGAUGUGAUUAUCGACAAAGAGAGCGAUAGUCUCAUCAUCAGCGAUUACGGGAAUAAAAGAGUAGUUCGGUGGCCUCGUCGAAAAGGUACUCGUGGAGAAACAAUUAUUUCAAAUAUCGCUUGCUGUGGUUUGACAAUGGACGACAAUGGUUCUCUCUAUGUCGUUGACUAUGAAAAACAUGAAGUGAGACGAUAUAAAAUUGGUGACACUAAAGGAACAGUGGUUGCAGGUGGCAAUGGACAAGGAAAUCGUCUCGAUCAACUCUCUAAGCCCACCUACGUAUUUGUCGAUCGAGAUCAUUCAGUUUAUGUGUCUGAUAAUGGAAAUCAUCAUGUCAUGAAAUGGGAAGAAGGUGCAAAACAAGGCAUUGUCGUAGCCGGUGGUCAAGGAGAAGGAAAUAGUCUUACACAAUUGUUUUGUCCUCAAGGAGUCGUUGUUGAUCAAUUGGGUACUGUCUAUGUGGCUGAUUUUGUGAAUCGUCGAAUCAUGCGUUGGCCAAAAGGAGCCACACAAGGAAGUGUCAUUGUUGAUGGAAAGGGUAAAUGGUGGAAGUCGAAGCAACUCCAUUUUCUCGUAGGUUUAUCAUUCGAUCGACAUGGUAAUCUCUAUGUCGUCGAUAUGGGUAAUCAUCGAGUUGGUACACGUCUUUUAUUAAUUCGUGAAAAUUAUGAUAUUAUUUUAUAUGAUGCUCAACAAAAGCGCUCAUUAACAAAAGUUCGACCAAAAUUAGAUGGUAAAGAUUGUUGGGAAAAAUUAACUUUUAUUUAUUUACAAGAUCAGAUUCCAAUGCUAUUAGGAGAUGUUGAAGAAUGCAUUAAACUUCUUAGACAAUGA